CGAUUACCACGCAACUUGCUUCAAUGUUGACAUGGGGUUGAUCCAUUCAAGCGAGCACGUCCCUCACUGUCUCCGAUCCCCCGUCACUUAGUCUUCUCGCUGUUGGCUGCCAGCACUCGAAACGCGUGCUAGCACGACACCAUGCCGGCCAAUCUGCUCUCGCUUCCCAGCAAAUCAUCCCAGCUGGCCACAUCCCAAUUGACCUCGUCGCUCAAGGAGUACAUUACCAGCCGCUUUCCCGAUGUACAUCCCAGCGCCUUCAAGAGGGAUCUGGAGAGCUUGCAGCGGAUAAGGGACGAUGCAGUCAGUCUGGACGGGCACGCUUCUGGCUUGCUUGGAGGAGCCAAGUAUCACGCGCAGCUCGUCUGGUUGGGCACAAAGACGGGUGCUGAUGUGCAGAUCCCCUUUAGCUGGAUUGUUGCCCUGCCCAGCAAUGGACCUCCCACUUCCAUCUCCCCUCCUUCCUCACCCUCCACAUCUCGCGAUCAAACCAAUCUGAUCAAAGCCAGCCUCACCACCUCCUCAAGUGGACAGACAAUCGCUGUCCAUCCCUCCAUCAGCUAUGAGAGGUGCGCUCUGCUUUGGAGCUUGGCUGCUCUGCAUUCUUCUUUGGCUGCGAGGGAAGGGAGGGGGGACAAUGAGAGCAUAAAGAGAGCCAUUUCAGGCUUCAGCAUUGCGGCGGGGAUUCUCAAUGCAUUGCUAAGUCUUGUCACGGAGCUGCUCAGCGAGGACAUUGCGAGAACCUCCAGGGCUGCCGAUCUCGAUCUGGCACCCCGAAAUUUGGCUGCGUUGAGGGACUUGAUGCUCGCUCAGGCUCAAGAGUGCGCCUGGAGUAGAGCCGUUCGAGAUCGCUUGAAAGAUGGUACCAUAGCCAGAUUGGCCUUGCGAGUACAGGAAUUCUAUUCCAGCGCUUUAGCUCAUGCUCAGGGAAGCUGCAAGUCUCCAAUUGCGGAUUUGCCUGCUACUUCUAGCGCUAGACCCGAAGCCGUGACUGCAUUGGAGCUGUUGCCGGCAAGUUUGCCGAAAGAUUGGGUAGCACAUAUAACGGCCAAGCAAGCCCACUUUUCGGGUGCUGCUCAGUACAGGAAGAGUGUCGAAGAUGGUGGAGCCAAUCGGUACGGCACCGAAAUUGCUCGGCUGCAGCUGGCACAACAGCAUAUAAAGCAAGCUCUCGAUGCCUGCCGCUCUAAGGGAGUGUCCACCAUGCUUGCAGAGGACGCCCGCUCUCUCCAAGCGGUAAUAGGUACCAAUCUACACCGAGCUGUCAAGGACAACGAUCUGAUCUACCUGGAAGCCAUUCCUUCGGCGGGAGAUCUGCCAAAGAUCCUUGGAGCUAGUCUGGUAGAAGCCAAAGUUCCGUCGGAAUUGGAGAAGCCGUUGCAACAUCUGUCGGAAGGAACCAACGUCACUCCAGCAUUAGGAAAACCUCUCUUUGCAGAACUUGUGCCAUACGCUGUCCACGUUGCUGUAUCUGUCUAUGAGGACCGGAAGGACUCUUACGUCCGUGAUGAACUCAAUGCCAGAAGGGAAGAACUAGAUGCCAUCGCUGCGAGCACUCUGCAAUCUCUUUCACUCCCUGGCUCUCUGCAAGCACUAGAGCAACCGCAAGGCUUGCCGUCCUCGCUCUUGCGCAAGUCGGAUGAGGUCCGACUCUCGGGCGGCCUCGAUCGUCUACGCUCCAUCUCUGAUGACAUACAACGGAUAGCAUCGGUGGACGAGCGCCUUCUGGCCGAGAUUUUUGAGCACCUCGAGUCGGAAGAGAGAGAAGAUAGGGAGUUGAGGGAAGACUUCGAUCAGGUAACGAGGGAGGGCAUCAGGAUGAGCUCGGAUGUUGCGGGAGCCGAAAUGAGGAAUCGAGCGGUUGAGAGAUGGAACAUCUUUCAAGGUGCUAGGAGCAGCGAUGCUAUAGUACAGAAGAAGAUUGAGGAUUGGGAAGAUAUCAUUGAUGUGCUAGCAAGCGGUGAAGCCUCAUUGAGCGCCUUCUUGCCCUCGGCGAACAUUUCCUCCAGUAGUGCAUUGCAGAGUAGCGCACACGAGACCUCCGUUCGUUCACUGCGCAAAGCACUUGAGGAGCUCGACGACGUGCAGGAUGCUCGAGCAACUUCUAUAGCCGAAGCAAGGGCUCGAGCCAAAGAGGAUGACAUUAGACCGGACAUCAUUAAGGAGGCUGCUGCUCUAGUCGGAGGAUCGAACGGAAGUCAAAGGCUUGCUUGGAGCUCCAACACCAAUAUCCAACCUGCGGCUUUUGAGCCGAUCUUCGAACAGAGGUUGGAGAGAUAUCACAAGUACGUGAAAGAGCUGGAGGCUGGUGCCACAGUACAAGAGCAGCUUCUAGACAGGAUAGCGAAAGCCAAUGAGGCUUUCAUCGCAGCGCGAAGAACCGAUGCUCAAAUCAAGCGCAGAGAGGGAGCUUUGCAAAAUCUAGACCUCGGCUUUGCGAAGUAUAAGGAGAUCACCUCUAAUCUGGAGGAAGGCCUUAGGUUUUACAACGACUUGGCGAGAAUCCUGAGCGAACUCAAGCAAGAAGUCAAAGAAUGGCACCGUGCUCGUCAAAUGGACAUUGCACAUCUCAUUUCUCGCUUCCAAGGCACCUCCUUGUCCCCUUCGACCAACACAACACCGCAACGGGUGCAGACUAGGAGCCAGGCAGCUUUCAAUCAGAGCGCACCUCAUCCCCCCGCGCCAUCGCGGGGGGGAGCUUGGACGGGAGGAACAAUCAAGUUUGAUGACUGAUGGCGAGGCGUUUGGUACCGCUCCACAGACGACCAGGCCGUACGCGGCGCACAUCAGCGUUUGCCUCUCUUGCAGCACAAAUACUAUCAAGCUUCAGCCAAAUUCAGCCUGUGUGUAUGCCAGUCGAUUUUCCCUGUGCUGGAAAUUUAGAGAG